UGUAUGCACAUCUUUAGACCUAAUGCACAUGAGCUUGUUAAUUUAUAUUUGGAGUAAUUGUUCAUUUUUAAAUAUAACAGUUGGAUCAAAUAUACCCUUUACAUGUGUUAAAGAUAUAAUAUUUGACUAUUUAUACAGUAAACUUAAUACACUCGUGGAAUUGAAAUAAUAAAAUGCAAGAAAGAGAUUCACAUUUUAUUACAGUUAACUACUUAAAUUAAUUCGAUAUAAUUAGACAUUCAUGAAAUAUCCUCUCAACAACCAACCAUGUCUUACAGCUCUUAUGAAUCUUCUUCUACUACGUAUGAUGACGGCUGCAGCGCAAGCGUAUUAGGUAUCAUCAUUUUCGGGAGUGUGAUCAUAUUUCUUCUGGUAGUUAUGCAAAUCAGUAUAUGCUGGAUAUGUUGCCGAAGAGACAAUCGCCGUGACGGGGUUAUCAUUCGACCAAUGGAUCAUAUGCAAACAGGUACAGUCCUAUACACAAACAAUGACCAAGUACAGUUUAACCAAACACAAAUUCGAAGUCCAAAUGUACACCAAGCAUAUAACCUACCACCGAUUACACCUACACAUAGAUUUGACGGUCAACAGUGCACGGCUUCUGCGCAAUCAUCCAGUCCAGCAGUUGUACCAGUUGGUCCACUCACGACUAGUUUAACAGCCGAGUAGAUAUCUUCAAUCGUACAACGGGCCAUGAAAGAAUAUCUUCCUUUAUUUUUGAAGGUUCAUGUAAAAUAUCAUAUUAAUUGUAUCUGCAAAUUAAGAUGUUUUAAUUUCAACAUUAUGAAUAAACAUUUUCAAACCUCUUGUUCCACAGACAAUGGAGGGAAACUUU